AUGGAGCAAACUGCAUGGAAAAUAAAAUCUAAUACUAAAUGGUUUCAAGAAGGAGAUAGAAACACAUCAUUCUUCAUCAGCAAUGCAUAUGCUAGACGAAGAUAUAACAGAAUCAGACAACUUUACAUUGGUGAUGAAUUAGUGCCUGACAGAGAAGCUGAUUUCACUGAAGAAGAGGUUUUGCAUGCUAUCAGUGAUUUAGCUAAUGAUAAAUCUCCAGGUCCUGAUGGUUUUCCUAUACUUUUCUUUCAGAAGUGUUGGCGUUUCAUCAAGGAAGAUAUUAUGAGUACAAUCAUAGAAAAAGUUCUAGCUACAAGGUUAAAACUUGUUAUGGAUAAGCUCAUCUCCCCGGUACAAUGCGCAUAUAUUGAAGGUAGGCAAAUAAUUGAUGGAACCCUAAUUGCUAAUGAGUUGGUGGACUCUAGGCUUAUAUUUGGAAAUCCUGGAAUUAUGUGCAAAAUUGAUCUUGAGAAGGAUUUUGAAAGAAUCAAUUGGAGAUACCUGGAAUUUGUAUUACAACAAAUGGGUUUUAGCAAGAAAUGGCGUGAUUGGUUGAGGUUUUGUUACUCUACUUCUUCCUUCUCAGUUCUUAUUAAUGGGUCUUCUUUCGGCUACUUCACAAGUACAAGAGGUGUUAGACAAGACUGCCCGGUUUCUCCUCUUCUGUUUAAUAUUGCUAUGGAAGGUUUCUCUAGAUUCAUGGAUAGAGCAGCUAAUCUAAGUUUAUUCAGCGGCUUCUCUGUUUCCUCUACAAGCAUCAUACUCAAUCACCUUCAUUAUGCAGAUGACACUAUUUUCUUUGUGGAUAUUAACAAGGAAGAGAUGCAUAACUUAUUUUCGGCAUUACAUUGCUUUGAGUUCAUUGCUGGUUUAAAGGUAAAUCCAUCUAAAACAAAACUUAUUGUUGUUAGAGAUGUACCUAACUUACCUAUCUGGGCAGAAGAAUUUGGUUGUUCAACUGAUUACUUACCUUUUAUGUAUCUGGGGAUGCCGCUUGGUGCAAAGUCUGGCUCGAAAGUAAUUUGGGAUCCAAUCUUAGAGAAUUUUGAUGCUAGCUUAUCCGUUUGGAGAAGGAUUUCUUUAUCUAGAGGAGGUAGAGAAAUUGCUUUUUGGAAUGACAUAUGGUGUGGACAAUUCCCUCUAGCAACUGUUUAUCCAAAUAUGUAUAAGUCAUCGAUAGAUAGAAACGUCAAGUUAGCAGAUAUGAUAUCUUCGGAUAGUAAUUGGAAGUUUGAUUUCAAGAGAGUACUUCAUGCUUCAGAGGUUGAAGAUUAUGCCGCUCUUCUCACUGUUAUUGGUGACAACCCACCAGCUCGGGAUGGACUGCCAGACACGAGAAGAUGGAGACUAAACAUCACAGGGGUCUUUACAGUCAAGUAUCUAUAUACUAAAUUGGUUAGUGAAUUCGGUGUCGACAACUUUCCGUAUCAUUUUAUUUGGAAGUCUGCAGUACCGCCUAAAAUAAAUAUCUUAAUAUGGAGUUUAAUUCAUGGUAAGUUGAAUACCAUAGAUGUACUUCUACACAAAGGUAUGAACAUGUACAAUUCAUGUGCUUUAUGUGAAAUUGGUGUUGAAUCGCGUGACCACUUAUUUAUCCAUUGUAAUAUUGCAUAUAAGAUAUGGUGUAGUCUUAUCCCUAAUAUAGGUUGGAUGUGGGUUCUGCCCAGUUCUAUUAAGAUCUUAGUAGAGAUGUGGCAUCACCGUUUAUUUGCAAGCUCUGGUAAUUACAUAUGGGAUUUGAUUCCAGCAACAAUUAUUUGUACCAUUUGGCGAGAACGAAAUUGCAGACUUUUUGAAUCUCAAUAUCUUUAUAAAAUAGAUGAUGACUUGGUUCACGAAGCUAAAUCUUCAGUCCUAGCUUGGGCAGCUGCAGCAGGACACCAUAUUCACUUGAAUUUCUCAAGUUCUGUGCUAAAUACCUGGGACUCUAUUUUCAUGUAA